AGUCAUCGCUGCAGUCGCGGUCGUCGGUGCAGUGUGUUCUACUUACCUUCGCUUAUAGCAGACGAUUAUAUUUUUUGCCAUUAUUUUCGUAGACGAAUAAGCACUUGUAAGUUCCUAUGAUCAAGUCUCAAUUUGCAUAGCAAUAAUGCAAGAAGACGUAUUUCCUGCCGCAGAAAAAAUUUUAUCCGAAAUUGAAAACGUGUUGAAAAAAGAUCCGAACCUUGAGAGCUUUGGCAUCUUUCCAGCAGAAGACAACGAAAACAAAUCACCAGUGCUUCACGAAGAGAAUGCCUUGGGCUUGGCUUCUUGGUGCGUUAAGCCUCUUUACUGUCAUGUUUACAAUCGUUUGUUGAACUUGAGGCAAUCUUAUCACAGAGAAGAGCCAGCAUUAGUCAUACGAUGGCUGCUGGGAGCUCUUUUGCUCAAUCCUGACGUUACAACCUUUUGGAACAUGAGAAGGGAGUUUGUUAAGAAUGGCAGGCUCAAUCCCCAGGAAGAGUUGCGGUUUUUAAGUAUUGUGCUCUACGACAAAGCCAAGUGCUUUGAAAUCUUUUCAUACAGGCGAUGGCUUCUGAAGCUUAUGCUGAUGGAUGGCAAAGAUUUGACUAGUGAUGCAGAGACUUUGUUACGCAAUGAAUUCCAGGUGACAUCUAUGGCAGCUGAAAGGUAUAAGAAUAACAGUCAUGCUUGGAGUCACAGACAGCAGGUACUCUUGAUGCUGGAAUCACUGUGUGCCAGUAGAUUUUAUAGUAUUUUGGAAAAUGAGUGGGAGGAAUCGACCAGAUGGUGUAAUAGCCAUAUUUCAGAUUACAGUGGCUUUUCAUACAGGCAGUUUCUGUUGAGAAAGUUACUCGUGCAAAAGCAACACCCAAAACAGCCAAUACCUCCAGCAGAAAUUUUAACGAGACGUCGAGAAAUCAUCAAUAACUUUUGUGUGAAAAAUAAAAACAACAAUUACAUCUUGCACGACGCUACUUGUGAACAGGUGCUGAAUGUGUUGCACAAAGUAAAUCCUAAAGAAUGCCCAGGUGUAAAAUACGAACAGACGUUAAUAAAUCUAUCCUAUUGGACAGAGGACUGCAUGUUCAAUGAGGAAUUGAUUAAUAUGUUUCCUGGACACGAAGCCCUGUGGAAUCACAGGCAUUAUCUUGUGUACUCUUUUAUUGCUUUACAAAACUCCUAUAAAAACUUUUAUUCCUAUAAACCUGAGUGUUUCGAACCACCUCGAAACUUGGAACUGUUUAGAAAUAACAGCACUGUUGAAUUAGUAGAAAAAUUUUCCCAGAGUCCUUUGACAACUGCUUUCUGGGCACGUAACAAGGAGCUGAACGACACGCACAAGAGCACAUCUAGGGAUGACGAUCCUGCCAAUAGAUUUAUUACAAGGAACGUUCUUUGCAAUUUGAAAAAUGGGUUGCAAAACAAGUAGAUCGUUCAUCUACAUCUAUGUAUUUUCAUUACUUAAGGCUGCAAUUCUCAAGUCAAAUUAUAUAUUUAUAUUACGUAUUCAAUUUUACGUCAAUAGUACACUCUGUACCAUGAGCGCAAACUACAACUUACACGGUCACACGCCCAAAGGGCGAGACUGUCGUUCGUUUGUGCCUGAAUAGCGAACAACAUUUUUCUUAUCAAGGGCACACUUUGGGCCCACUAAUCAAAACACAUUGUCCGCCCGUGGGCGCAAAGUGACACAAAGGCCGAAAGUCUUUACGCCCAUGGUAAAAAAAUUAUUU